AUGGACAAGGGGUAUACCAAUUGGAUAUAUCACGGGGAGGUUCCUCAAGCCAACAAUAAUGUUAAUAUUGAUGUUAAUGUUAGUGGGAAAAGUGCCCAUGAUGAAGAUGAAAAUGUAGAUAAUGUAUUUGAGUUGUUGGAUAACGUACAAAUGGGAAACUUCAAUAAUGCAAAACAACAAGAAGAUUCGCCUGAAGUUGAUGUGGGAGGAGGAAAUUUUGCUAGAUUGUUAAAUGAUGCACAGUGUGAAUUGUGGCCAGGUUGUCAAAAAUUCUCGAAGUUGUCAGCGAUAUUAAAGUUAUUCCAUGUGAAGGUUAUGACUCGAAUGAGCAAUAAAUCAUUUGACAUGAUGCUUAUGGCAUUUAAGGAGAUGCUUCCUGACAACAAUGUGUUACCAAAGUCUCACUACGAGACUAAAAGCUUGUUGCGAGAUUUGGGUCUCAGAUAUGAGUGUAUCCAUGCAUGUAAACAUGAUUGUGUUCUAUUCUGGAAAGAUAAUGUAGGUAAGGAAAAUUGUCCACAAUGUGGUAAGUCGAGGUAUAAACCUCACAAAGGUAAGGGUAAGAAAAUCCCUCAAAAAGUUCUUCGGUACUUCCCUUUGAAAUCAAGACUUCAACGGUUGUUUAUGUCGAAGGAUACAGCCUUAGAUAUGCAGUGGCAUAAGGAGAAACGUGUGAAGGAGACAAAUGAGUUAAGACAUCCGGCUGAUUCAAAAGCUUGGGAGGAUUUUGAUAAUAAGCAUAGUUGGUUUGCUGCUGAUCCUCGUAAUGUUCGUGUUGGAUUAGCAACUGAUGGAUUCAAUCCAUUUGGUAACAUGAGCAAUUCUUACAGUAUGUGGCCUGUGAUGAUUGUGCCUUAUAAUUUGCCACCUUGGAUAUGUAUGAAAGAACCGUAUGUGUUCAUGUCGUUGCUUAUUCCUGGUCCAACCUCGCCUGGUAAUGAUAUUGAUGUGUACCUACGGCCUUUAGUUGAAGAGUUAAAAGAAUUGUGGAGGGAUGGUGUGACGACGUAUGAUGCCUACAGUAAAUGUAACUGUAAAAUGCAUGCGGCAAUGAUUUGGACCAUUACUGACUUUCCCGCCUAUGCGAUGGCUUCUGGAUGGUUGACGAAGGGUUAUCUAGCAUGUUCAAAUUGUAACAAAGAAACAUGUUCUUGUUAUUUGAAACACGGACGGAAGUUAUGUUAUUUGGGAAGUCGUAUGUUUUUGUCACUAGAUCAUGUUUUUAGGAAGCGGUACAAGCAGUUUAAUGGUGAGAAACAAGAUAAAGGGCCACCAAAGCAGUUGAUAGGUGAUGAUAUUCUGGAACAACUUAACCGCAUACCCGAGGUUAGUUUCGGAAAGGGACCAAAUAACAAAAAGCGAACUCGUGAAAAUUUUGAACUUAACUGGACAAAGAAGAGUAUUUUCUUUGAACUACCUUAUUGGCAAACCCUUUUGUUGCGGCACAACCUAGACAUUAUGCAUAUAGAGAAAAACAUAUGCGAUAAUGUGUUGGGGACAUUAUUGGACAUUGAAGGUAAAACGAAGGAUACAUUCAAAAGUCGGUUGGAUUUAGAAGCAAUGAAGAUUAGAAAAGAAUUGCACCUCAAGCGUAAUGGUGAAAAAUUUGAGAUGCCACGAGCGCGCUACACAUUGUCAAAGAAUGAUAAAAAGCAAUUGUGUGAAUGGCUAAAAUCAGUUAAGUUCCCAGAUGGCUAUGCCUCGAACAUAAGUCGGUGUGUGAAUGUUAAUAAUUGUAAGAUAUCUGGAUUGAAAAGUCAUGAUUCACACGUUCUCUUACAGCGCCUCCUCCCCAUAGCUAUACGAGGAUUCUUAGAUUCGGAUAUUUGUAGCGCAAUAGCAGAGCUUGGUUUAUUCUUCAAGGAAUUGUGUUGUCGAACUGUUAAAAUGGAUGUCUUAGAGACAAUGGAAAGGGACAUUGCUAUUAUACUAUGCAAGUUGGAGAUGAUAUUUCCUCCGUCAUUUUUUGACAUUAUGGUGCACUUGGCUCUGCAUUUGCCGCGUGAAGCCAUUAUUGCUGGCCCCGCACAAUAUCGAUGGAUGUACCCCAUUGAAAGAUUUUUGCAUACCCUCAAACUGUACGUGCGUAACAAAGCACAUCCUGAAGGGUCCAUUGCUGAAGCUUACUUAGAUAAUGAAUGCUUGACAUUUUGUUCAAAAUUUCUCGGAGGGAUUGAGACACGGUUCAAUCGAGAAGAAAGAAAUAAUGAGGGGGAUUGCAACAAUAAUUGGACCACUAUUUCAGAUCUAAAGCAAGUAGUUCGACCUCUAGGGGCGCAAAGUUUGGAGAUAUUGUCUCGUGAGGACAUGGAAAUGGCUCGAUUGUACGUGUUACGAAAUUCUGGAGUAGUUGAGUCAUACGAAGAGAAACACAAGGUGGAACUUGAAAGACAAGAUCUGCGAAAUGUUCCUCAAAGACAUGCAAAAGAAUUUUCUAGAUGGUUCGAAACACAAAUCUUGAAAAUGCGUCAUCAUCAAAAGGAAACAACUUGUGAUGAUUUAUAUUCGCUAGUGUGUGGACCUGGAUCUCUAAUAAGUCGAUAUUCUACUUGUAUUGUAGAUGGGAUUAGAUUCCAUACUAAGGAAAGGGAACAAAACCGACGAACGCAGAAUUGUGGUGUGUUAGUGAAAGGAGAAUGUGAAGAUUACUAUGGUAAACUAACAGAUAUCAUUGAGUUACGAUAUCCACUGGGUAGACAAAUCUUCCUUUUCAAAUGUGAUUGGUUUGAUGUUAGGAUUGGUAUACAUAAGGAUACCUAUUUUAAAAGCGUAAAUGUAGCCAGUAGAGCUUACAAAAAUGAGCCAUUUGUGUUAGCAAAUCAAGCAAAACAAUGCUUCUAUGUCAAAGACAACAAAUUUCAAGGGACAUGGGAAAUAGUUCAAGAUAUAACAAAUAGAAGCUCAUUUGAUGUACCUGAAAAAGAGGGUGAAGCAGUAGUAGAGGAUGAAAUGCUUAACACUGCAGCGUACCAAGAGAAUGAACCAAGCAUUGUGGAUAGGAUUGUUGAAGUGGACUUGGACAUGGAUCCACUCUCUUUGAACAGGGACGAUUUAGAGGGUGAAACCCUUAAUGCUAAAGUGAUUGAAAAAUGUAGUGGUGAAGCAGCAAUUAAUGACGACUUUUGGGUUGACGAGGAUGAUGAUAGAGAUGACGUUCAGUAUAGUUCAGAUGAGGAACCAGAACUGUUGUCCGAAGAUGAUACUGAUUUAGAUGACAUAUGA